CGCCCCCUUCCUCCUUAGUUUCCCCAAGCAUGAGCUCAUCUCCCCUGCUCUCCUCCACCCCUCCCAUGGCCGCUCCCAGCUCCUGGGCCUCCCCGUUCCACGAAACAAUCUCAAAGGCCUAGUAGCAGUUCUUAUCCGCCGUCUUCUUCGUCCGUUUCUGUCGCUGUUGAAUCUCGUCGACGAAGAAGAAGAAGAAGAAGAGGGGAGGUUGAUUUUGCUGCGGAGAUCCAUGGGGAAGUACGUGGAGCUGCUGGACAUGGGGGUGCGCAUCGCGGCGCGGUUCCACUCCCACUGCCCGCAGACGGCGCGGCUCUACUACCACCCUCCCUGUUCUUCCUCCUCCGCCGGCGGCGUCCCCAGCGGCCGCGACGGGGGGCAGGGGGCGGCGGCGGCGAUGAUGAUGAAGAAGCAGCAGCAGGCCUCCGUCGACGCCGCGGAGAUCAUCCUCUACACCGUCGUCUAGAGACGACGCAUCUGGAUGCUGCUACGGAAGAUGGAGAGAGAUGCUUGCUAUCUUUUUAAUUUAUUGCUUGUUUUGAUUUUUCUUUGAGGAGAGGGGAAAAAGAGAGGAGAGAGAGAAGUAUUGGUUUACCGGAUUAAUGGACGGUUUUAUGACGAAAUGAAAUUUGCGAGUUACAUCUGAUUGAUAAUUUCCGGAUCU